AUGCAUAUGGAACUUUUAUGUGAGAAAGUCACCACUUCAGUGACUAGCAUAAGUUGCUUUAAAUCUAAAGCUCAACAUUGGUAUUGUAUAAGUACAAGUUACACUCCAUAUAAUGCUCAACAUUGGCAUCGUAUUGUAUUACAUGAUGGACAUCCACAACCUGAACCACAUUUACAAAUAGUUGAACAACAGUUUCCACCUUUCUUUGGAGCUGAUGAAGCUAAUGAAGCACCAGUAUUUGGAGCUGGAGUUGAUUUAGAUGAACAACAUGAAUUUGAUGAUUGA